GGCUUUGCACCAAUAUCCAGGGUAUGACGGCUCUUCAUGUGUCUGUUAAACCGAAAGUUUUUAAUAAGGAAAUAGUACAGUUAUUUCUGGAACGAAGAAAUGCAAAUUACAACGUACAAGAUAAAGUGACCGAAAGCACACCCAUGCAUAUUUUAUGUAAAGUUUGUACAUUGGUGAAGAAUAUCCCUGCAUCUAUGUUGCAUGGUAUACUAACAGAGAUGGUAUCGAGAUGCAAUUUAGAAUUAAAAGAUAAAUUAGGAAACACGCCUCUUCAUAUAUUGGCCAUGGGGAAAAAAGAAGACGUGGAAGCUAUAGAGAUUGUUCUUUCAGCUAGACCUAAUAUUAACAUAAAAAAUAAUUUAGGAGAAAUUCCCGUAGCCACCGCAAUAGAUCACGGAAACUUUCUCUCGGCUCUGGCUAUGUUAAAAUGCCAAAUAGAUACAAAUGUUAGAGAUGAAAGCCAAUACACUUUGCUUCAUUAUGCAGCCAAGAAAAAUGCCAGCGAAGUGAUAAAAAAAUUGUUAGAAAAAGGAUGCGAUCCAAACGCUCAAGAUAUAGACGGUGACACUGCAUUGCAUAUUGCCGCCGGAAGAGGUUUCGCAGAGGCAACGCUCGCCUUGCUGAAAUAUCCGAAAGUGGACAGAAAUAUGCAGAAUUUUGGGGGUUACACUCCUUUGAUGUGUGCGGUUGAUAGCGGUUUCUUGAAAGUAGUAGAACUGUUAACAGCAGCCAACUGUGAUAUACACGCUAAGUCUCCAGAGACCAACGAAACAGCCUUGGAUAUCGCUAAAAAACUACUUAUAAAAAGAAACAGAAGAGAUAUCUACGAUUUUCUGAUGGAUGGAAAAUAUUAAAAUUCGAAAUUAUAUAUAUUUUAAAUUCUUAAUUUAUUUUUUAAAAUAAAUACUAAAUUGAUAUGAAAAUUAAGUUGUUAUUC